AUCGGAUCUUGCGCCUACGUGACCUUCGUGCCUCUAUAUUGUCUUACUGUAAACAAGGCGAGGAAGGCAGUAAUUGGGCCCGAAUUAGACUUCAUUUCGAGGCUUUAUCAGACUUGUUGGCCGCCAAAAAUCAAGAUGCACAAGUGAUUCUGGCUCAAAAGAGGCAGCUCUGCAACAGCCAUGGGAACUACAAAUAUUUACUGUCCCUGGGAGGAUAGCUCCCCGGAGUCCCUUCUUGACCUCUGUGGGAAAUAUGUAAUAUCUCACCCUGAAACCUUUUGUGUUCUCCAUCCUGAGUCAGGUCUUUGGUGCCUUAGACCAGGCCUGGCUCUGCCAAUGGAAAUAUGUGAAAAACUUAUAACGUUAUGGCAAGAUGGGGAUCCUAAGGGUUUGGAUGAUAAAUUCAUUAAUAUAUUUAAGGACCUGGCAUGCACAAGGCUAAAAAGAAUAACAUUAAGAAACUCCUCAGUGUCCGACCAUGGGCUGAAUCUUUUACUCUCUCAUCAUUUAGUGGAAGUAGAUAUAAGUAACUGCAGUAAACUUACAGAAAGAACAUUAGAAAAUAUUAAUAAAGUUGGUGAAACUUUGACAGCCUUAGUGAUUGGCAAGACAAAGACUGUGCUGCCAGACUCAGUGAGUCUCCCAGAGUCAAGUGAUAGCUCAGAUUCCAGUCCCCUGAGUGAAAUUGAGCAAAGAGGCUACAUUCUUAAGACUCCCAAUUUACGGAAGCUUGUUGUGCGAGACCUCUACCUGCCCAUGGAGCCCCAGUACUUUGCUCUCCUCAUGAAGCCACUCUCAAAGCUGACCCAUCUGGACAUGUCAGGCUGCUUCUUCCUGGAUGAGCUGACCUAUAUCCUCCACAUGAAGUUUCUAGUCUCAUUGAAUCUGCACAGCGUCCAGAGGAUACAAGAUGCAGUUCCCACCAUCAUGAAAAUUAAGACUUUGAA